GUUUUGAGAGGCCACUGCGGUCUUAUCCCAAACUCUUAACAACAACACACAGAGAAAUUUUCUUGGUGGUCUCUCCACUCCAAUGGCUUUCUCAGCGACUCUGUCUCAGCUUUCUUCUCUUUCGACAAUCUCCUCCUCACUCCCACUUUCUUCUAGAAGCUUCCCUCUUCGAUCUCAGACUCAGUUCAGAGUCAAAGCAGAGGCAGAGAAACAGAGCACAGAGACUAAAUCCGAAGGAGAAGCUUCGCCAGCUGCAACCAAAACCCCUAAAACUCUUCCCAAGAAACCGGUUUACUCGAUGAAGAAGGGUCAAAUCGUUCGUGUAGACAAGGAGAAGUACCUCAACAGCAUCAAUUACUUAUCAGUUGGUCAUCCUCCUUUCUACAAAGGACUAGAUUACAUCUACGAAGAUCGCGGCGAGGUACUGGACAUUCGUGUCUUUGAGACAGGAGAGUAUGCACUUGUUGGAUGGGUUGGUAUCCCAACCGCACCGGCUUGGCUACCAACAGAUAUGCUCAUCAAGUCUGAGAAACUUGUUUACGAGAGACUAUAGAGUCUUCAAGAAGAUGAGUUUGACAAGUAUCAUAAUGUUACCAUAGUCAAAAAAGCUGUUGUGUAAUGUAAAAAAUGUAAUGAGACUGAGUUUUACAGUAAUGCAUCUACCGUAGUUGCAUCUCUAUACCAGUCUACACUCCUUUAUUCCCUGAGAUGAUAAUCUAAACAAAA